AUGUGUGAUGUUACUAUCUAUGUUACUUCCACUGUGAGUAGUCUCGUGGAAGCAGACGGCAAUGAGAUCUGGCGCCUGCCGGAGGAGCUCCUCGCAUCGAUCAUCUCCCUCACGUCGCCGCCUGACGCCGGACGCUGUGCCGCCGUCUCCCGGGCCUUCCUUGCCGCCGCGGACUCGGACGCCGUCUGGUCCUGCUUCCUGCCCCACGACCUCCCACAGUUCGCUCAGGGCGUGCUCCGCCGCGCGCCGCCGUCCAAGAAGGGCUUGUUCCGAUGCCUCUCCGACCAACCGGCGCUCCUCCCAGGCAAGCUCAGCAUGCGGCUGGACCGGGCUACUGGCGCCAAGUGCUACAUGCUCUCGGCGAGGUCGCUGCAUAUUUCGUGGGGCGAGACAAGACAAUACUGGGAAUGGAUCAAACUCCGUUCUCAUGAGGUCCAAGCAAACAACAGAUUCUCUGAAGCAGCUCAACUUCGGGGAGUUUGGUGGCUGUUAAUCCGUGGCAAAAUACAUAGCACAAUGCUCUGCCGGAACUCCAAGUAUGCUGCUUACAUGGUGUUCAAGCUAGCGGAUGAGUUCACCAAGCUUGAUUUCCCGUUUCAAGAGGCAUCAAUAAGUGUUGGAGGGAAUGAUUCAUCAACACGCCAAGUUUGCCUCCAAGCCUACAUGGAGGAUGGGGAUGCGGAUGACGUUAUGCUCCCUCGAAAAAGGGCUGACGGCUGGAUGGAGGUCGAGCUAGGCGAGUUCUACAACGGAGAAGGCUGCGACGGUGACAUGUUUGUGACCCUAAUGGAGACAGAAGCAGGAGUUUUCAAGAGUGGUCUUAUUGUGUGGGGUAUCGAGAUUAGAACUAAGCAAUGA